AUGCCAAAGGAGAACAAAAUCAAGAAUGCCUUCAAGCGCGCCGACGUCCACAAGAAGGCAAAGCGAGAGAAGGAGCAGUCCAAGCUCCAGCGUCGCCUUGAGAUCAAGAAGGCGGAGAAGGACAAAGUGAACGGCGCAGCUUUGAAGGCUGAGAGGCUGGCCAAGAAUAUCCCAAUUACUCUUGACAACACCCGUGUUUUCGACUCGAGCUCAUAUCUCACCGCCAACCCGGCUACAUUGAGAGAGCUGGAAAGAAAAGCCGAGGAGGCAAGCCGAAUCGUGAAUGGGCAAGGGUCAACUGGAGAUCAAGACAACGACAGUGAUUCGGACAACGAGAGUAUGCCAGAGGCUGGUCCCUCUCGUCACCGACAUCCGGAACAGGACAAGGCUGAAGGAGAACAAGGCGGUCAACACGACAGCGACGACGGCGCAGACACAAAAAGCGCCGAUGCCACUGACACAAAUGAUCCCUCUGCCCCCCUCCCCCCUCCUCGUAUCCUUAUCACUACUUCACCAUCUCCUUGCAAGUACACGUAUCAGUUCUGCGAUGAUUUGAAGAACGUCUUUCCAGGUGGCGAGUUUUUCAAGAGACCCAAGGGAAGAGGUUAUGAGAUAGGGAGAGUCGCGAGGUGGGCUGGAAAGCGUGGCUACGGUGCUCUGAUAGUUGUCAACGAGGACCACAAGUCGCCAAACGCUAUCACUUUAAUCAACCUUCCUGCUGGCCCCACAGCUUAUUUCAAGCUGACCAGUGUCAUCCCUACCGCUAAUCUGAUUGGCCAUGCCCGCCCAACACCCCAUUCUCCUGAAUUGAUCCUGAACAAUUUCACCACUCUUCUCGGUAACAGCGUUGGUAGAGUGUUUGGGUCUCUGUUCCCACCUCAGCCUCAAUUCCGUGGCCGUCAGGUUGUAACAUUGCAUAACCAGCGGGACUUCCUCUUCUUCCGUCGUCAUAGAUACAUGUUUUCCUCAGCCACGUCGGCAAAGUUGCAGGAAAUCGGCCCUCGUUUCACGUUGAAGCUCCGUUGGCUGCGCAACGGUUUGCCAGCAGUAACGGCGCCUGACGGACGGGCACCAACAGGAGGCGAUCAUGAGGCAGACCUUGACUCUGACUCUGACGGGGAAGACAUAGACCAAGCGGCAAUCGAUAAAAAGGAACAGGACGACGAAGAUGAGGCCAUGAAGGAGAUCGGACAACCCUCCGCGAAGGCUAGCCAGCAAAAGGGGGUCAAGGUUCCCGCAUUGGACGAAGAGCAAGAGUACGAAUGGAAGUGGAAGAUCAGCGAGAUAUAUGACAUCCUGACUAGCAACUGGCCUGAAAUCUCGCCUCCCUCGCCUCCCUCCCCUCAAGAGCCUUCAUCAUCUUCGGGCAAUCUCCCACCCUCUCAGCAGCCAUUGUCCAAACCCAAUCCUCCCAAACGGUAUCGGACAACCUCACCAGAUGAUGAGACAGAUGAGCAAAUGGCUAGGCGGUUACAAGAAGAGUAUACCGGAAAUGGGAGACCGCGGAGAUCAACGGUCGGUAAGAGUUCCAAACCCGUCAAGAAGAGGAAGGUCAUAAGUAAAGCUAGGGUGGAUAGCGACGGAGAAGGCAGUGGCAGCGCGGACGAAAUUUCCAAAAAAAGUCGGCGAGGCGGAGGCGGGGGCGGUGCUUUCAACAAGGAGUUGAUUCUCAGUGAACCUUUGUCCGAUCUGGUUGGCACAAGCAGACUAUCAAGGCCCCAAGUUGUCAAACAUAUCUGGGAAUAUGUCAAGGAACGCGAUCUACAGGAUCCCAAAGACAGGAGGUACAUCCUGUGCGAUGAGAAAUUGAGCAGGGUGUUUCAUACUGAGCGCUUGCACAUGUUUACGAUGAACAAGGUGCUGGUGGAUCAUGUUCGAAACCCUGAUGAAGUUCUGUGA